GUUUUUUUAAUUAUUUUUUAAUACACAAAACAUUUUUUUUGUCUAAUUUUUUGCUUCAAAAAAAACUAUAAAAUAAUUAAACAUAAUCUAACGAUACCAGUGGAAGUGGACAUAAAAAAUUUGCAUAACUAAAUAUAAUUUAAAUAAUUUUUGCGAUGCCUGUAAAGUCAGCCGACACAAUGUUGAGUUCACAUUUUGAGAGUAUACAGUGGUACGAGACCUCAAAUCUUGAUGAAUUCUUUGACAUGAAUUUACUUGGUAUGGAACCAUCCGAGGCCCUAUUUCCAAAUUUUGAUGAAUUUGACAGUGGAAAUAUGGAUUUAAAUGACCUCAUAACAGCACCAUCAUCUCCAACAUCCAAAUAUCAAAUUAGACAUCAUGAUUGUAUGUGGUCAGGCACAUGUGUCGAUAAAUCACAUCCGAGUAAGAAAAAAGGAUUAAGUCUAUGUACAGCACAGUUAAUGCAAUCAGAUAAAGCAGCGAUGGAAUCAACGGUUGCUGUUAAGGUUGAAUCACAGAAGACAAUUAUGACACCGACUAAUAUAAUGAGGACAAUUAUGUGUAAAAGUAGUAGUAAUAACAAUAAUAAUAUUAAUAAUAAUAAUAGUAAUGCAAAAUUAUCAUCAAAUGGACGUUCAUUGCUUAUAAAUAAUAAUAAUAAUAACAGUAAUAGAAUCAACACAAAUACAGCAGCACUUACGCAAAAAAGUCAAAACACAUUAAAUAAAUGUAUAGACAGCAAUAGUAAACAUGAAUUUGAUUCAAUAAUGAAUGCAUCAAUUGUUAAUCUACGGCCGGAUACACCAUUAAGUUUGGGUGAUGAUGUGCCAGAUCUUAAACAUAAUAUUGACUUAACACCAUGUCCAAGUAGCAAUCGUAUGAAGUUUAAUGAUCCAAAUUCAAUAAAAAUUAUUAAUGCAUUAGCUGAACAUUUAGAAGAGACAUCAAAUAGCUUCAACGAUCCAAUUAAUCCAUUCAUGUCUAGUUUUCGUAAUAAGGGAUCAUCACCGACAGAUCUCAAUGAUAUUCUUACCGAUAUUACACUUCUAUCAGACUAUGAAGACAUGAAUGAUGACUCAAGUAUAAUUGAUAUGGAUGAUGAUGAUCAGAUGGAUGAACAUGACUAUAAGAGUAAAAUCUUUGCUCACAAUCUUAUGUCUCAAGCUUCAACAUCCUCAAUGUCAUCAGCGUCAUCACAGAGAACGACAGUAAAUUAUGAAUUUAUCAGUGAUCACAGCUACACGAGACCGAAAGGAAGUCGCUAUGAUCCAAUUGCACUUGGCGUUCAAACUCCAUCCGAUUCAGAAGAGGAAAUUGAUGUAGAGACGAUCAUCGAAAAGAAUCUUCCAACAAAUCCCAGUGCUCGUGAUCGUCGUGCAUUACAGACGACAGUUGCUCAUAAAAUAGCAAGAAGUAAGCAUGCAGCAAAUCAAAGACGACGCGUUUCAGACGAUGACUCAAUUUCGUCAUCAACAUCGACAUUAUCAAGUAAGGGAUCAACGCCGAUUAAAUAUGGAUCAUCAACACCUCAACGUUAUGUAAGUAGUCAUAUGAUAACAUCAGGUCAUAGCAUAUCGAGAAAGCGUCAAGCAGGACAUAGUAAAGAUAGUAACAAUAAUGUCCAUGAUAAUCAAAAGAGAUAUCGUACUGGAUACAAUAAGAAGCAAAAAAUGAGUAGCAGAAAUAAGCAGAUUGACCAAGAAGAAUUAGAAACAAUUGAAAAGCGUAACCUUCAUAACAAUAUGGAGCGUCAGCGUCGUAUUGGCCUCAAGAAUCUCUUCGAACAGCUUAAAUGUCAUAUACCAGCAUUGAAAGAUAAAGAGCGUGCACCAAAAGUAAAUAUAUUGCGUGAGGCGGCUACAUACUGUACCAAAUUGAGACGUGAUGAGGAUACAUAUGCUGAAUUAUUAAAGAAGCAUAAUCGCUUAUUGACACGUGUGAGAAAUUUAAAAGCAUCAAUAGCGGCACAACAGAGACGACAUUACUAAACUAUUACUGCUUAAAUAGAAAAUACCUUAUUAACUACCUUAAUAUUAUUAUUGAUAGUAAAUGCAUGCAUUCAUUCAAUUUAUUAAGUAUACAACAAGAUGACGAUGGUUAUACAAAAAAAAAAUCAAGAAUUGAUUUCGGUACACACAUACACACACAAAUAAUAAUAAUUAUAUAUAUG